UCUAAGCUUUUCACUCUCCUUUUUUAGCAUAAGGGUCACCUCAUUUUUGCAUUUUAAUCAAUUUGGUGUCAGUUUCUUGACAAAAAAUAUCAUAAAGUUGUGAUCUUUAUUGAAUUUGCAAAUCAAGAAUUGAUUUCCAUAAAGUUGUUGAUGCAAUGGCACUGAUUUCUUUGUUGGGUUUUUGCUCUUGCUGUUGAAAUGUUUGUGGAAUUCUUUUAUAGUGUUUAAGGGUUUGUUUUGAAUAGGAAGAUUUUGCAUUUUCUGGGAGGCUUUGUUCUUGAACGAGCUUUUCGUUGUUCUCUUGCUCGUUCGAGGUGAAAUUCACAGCUAAAUACAUUCUGGGAUUUUAAGGAGAUCUUGAAUGUACAUAAUAGAGUUCCCUUCAGCGUUUAAAGAAGUUACAGUCUUUUUGUGCCAUUUUCUUAUCCAAGGCUGCAACUUUUACUGGUUUUGAUGUUGCCGAUAAAGAGUUGUGACUUUGACUCCCUUUCAUUUGAGAUUUAAAUCACUGUUUGAAGGGUAUUUAUUGUUUACAGAAUUCUGAGAAAAGAAAUAAAUGUAUGGAUCGAAGGGACGCUAUGAUGUUACCUGGAUCCGCUCCUUACUAUAUGCAGAGAGGGAUGAGUGGAAGUGGGAGUGGAAGUACCCCUGGUUUACAGGGAUCACCAAGCAUUAAUCCUUCAUUACCUACUGCCAAUAUUGCCUUUCAAUCCAGUAGUAUUGGUGCAUCAUCAGCUUCGAUUCCACAAACACUACUAAUGGAUCCUUCAUCAACAUUAUCACCUAGAGGUAGUAUUGGUGCAUCAUCAUCAGCACUGCCACAAGGUGAGCCUGUACGCAGAAAGAGGGGUAGGCCUCGGAAAUAUGGAGUUCAAGGGGCGAUGCCGUUGACAUUGAAUCCACCUCCAUCUACUCAGGCAAUGGCAUUAAACCCAACUCAGAAGAGGGGUAGAGGAAGGCCACCAGGGUCUGGACGAAAGCAGCAACUCGCUUCUUUUGGUGGAUGGUUGUCCAAUAUAGGUGGAAUUGGUUUUACCCCGCAUGUCAUCACGAUUGCUGUAGGAGAGGACAUCACGGCAAAAAUAAUGUCGUUUUCGCAACAAGGGCCUAGAUCAAUAUGUAUUUUAUCGGCAAAUGGUGUCGUCUCCACUGUAACUCUUCGUCAACCAUCAACUUCUGGUGGCACUGUUACAUAUGAGGGACGGUUUGAGAUAUUAUGUCUAUCGGGAUCUUUCUUGGUCAGCGAUAGUGGUGGAUCUCGGGGUAGGAUUGGUGGCCUAAGUGUUUCUCUUGCUAGUCCAGAUGGUCGCGUGAUAGGCGGUGGAGUUGGAGGUGUUCUAAUUGCAGCAAGUCCAAUUCAGGUAAUAGUGGGAAGCUUCUUAUGCUCAAGCUCAAAGGCAAAGAAAAUAGCUGCGGAAAGUGUACAAAGUGCAGGAACUUCAGAUCUUCAGACCACUGACAAUUCUGUAAAUCCAGUCGAUGUUCUUUCGAACCAGAAUCUUACACCAUCCUCUUCAAUGGGAGUAUGGCCUAGUUCAAGGCAAAUGGAUCUACAAACUGGCCAUAUUGACAUUGACUUGAUGCGAGGAUGACUACUUCAAAUGUAGGUAGUCGAGUGAGCACUGUAUAUAUUGUGUUCUGAUUUCUCUAGUCCGAGACAUGUUCUUAUAACCAUCAGCAGCCACCUUAGAUUGUAGUGAUAUAGGAGCUUUUUUGCAGUUUAACAUGAAUCUGCUUUCUACUCAGUAGCAGUUCAAUUCAUGGUGGAGGCUUUAGUCGACUCGCGUGUAACAUAUUGUGGGUUGUCUUCUAGAUACAGACUGUUCCAUCAAUUUGGCUAAUCUUUUUCUUGAUCUUGCAGUGGAAGACGUAUUUUUAUUGUU